AUGUCUGCAAGGCAAGACGGCCUUAGGCAUGGGUUAAAGACAGUGAUGAACUUAGCUGCAAGAGGCUGCAAAGUAAUCAUUGGGGAUAUUAUAGACGACACGAAGAUUCGUGAUAGGAUAAUCGACGAGACUACUAACAACCUUGUGGAAAUCACCCAUGUGGACUUGGCCUCUUUGAAAUCCGUCAGGGCAUUCGCAAAAAACAUUGUGUAUACACAGAAGAGGCUUGACAUUUUAAUUCUGAUGGGAGAAACCGGUGGAUUUUCAAAUUUGUACACCGAGGAUGGUCUGCUGAAGCUAAUGCAGGUCAACCACUUUGGACCUUUCCUGAUGACUUAUCUCCUGAGCGAUCUGUUGAAGAAAACACCGGGGAGCCGCGUGGUCUUUGUGAGCUCUCUAUUAUCGCUUAUUCAUAAAUUGAGAAAUGCAGAGAACUUGAAUGCAGCAAUACCUCACAAGAAUCAUCUAAUGUCGAACAUCUACGAGUAUGGUAACAGUAAGUUGUGCAUGCUGAUGGGAGCACAAAUCUUCUCCGAAAAGCUUGAAGGUGUCACAUGUUUCUGUGUCUUCCCUGGUAUUUCCAAGAUCCUGAUCAACAAGUCGCUGGCUUCGAGCAGUAUCAACACGUUUAUGCGGUUCAUCUACAAGAUCAUCAUCCUUUUCGGGAAAGACGAGUGGGAGAGGUCACAGACUACCAUUCAUUGCGCCGUUAGCAAAGAACUACACGGAAAACCUCUCGCCAUCUACGCUAACUGCUACAAGUUUCCGAUAAGACCUCGACCGUUGAGGAAUAAGGAGCUAUGCGACAAAGUCUGGGAGCAGAGCGAGAUGCUUGUCAAAAUCGGGGAGGAAGAGAAAAUCAAGUAA